CGCAGCGGCGGGGCGAACCCGAGGCUCUAGUGAACAGCGUAGCCGGACAGGGAUCGCCGGCGUUCGGCGAGUGGAGGCGGCCAGGUCCCGGCGGUCUCCGAGAUGUCACGAUGGCUGUGGCCAUGGUCGAACUGUGUGAAAGAGCGGGUCUGCCGCUACUUGCUGCACCACUACUUGGGUCACUUUUUCCAGGAGCACCUCAGCCUGGACCAGCUCAGCCUCGAUUUGUACAAGGGCAGCGUUGCCCUGCGGGAUAUCCACCUGGAGAUCUGGUCUGUGAACGAGGUGCUGGAGUCCAUGGAAUCGCCAUUGGAGCUGGUGGAGGGCUUUGUGGGCUCCAUCGAGGUGGCCGUGCCCUGGGCUGCGCUGCUCACUGACCACUGCACCGUUAAUGUGUCAGGCCUCCAGCUCACCCUGCAGCCCCGCCAGGGCCCAGGACCAGGGCCUGCCGACUCGCAGAGCUGGGCCUCAUGCAUGACCACGAGCCUGCAGCUGGCUCAGGAGUGCCUGCGGGAUGGGCUGCCUGAGCCCUCUGAGCCACCACAGCCCCUGGAGGGCUUGGAGAUGUUCGCCCAGACCAUCGAGACUGUGCUGCGAAGGAUCAGGGUGACUUUUCUGGACACUGUCGUGAGGGUGGAGCACUCACAGGGCGAUGGGGAGCAUGGCGUGGCAGUGGAAGUCCAUGUGCAGAGACUAGAAUACUGUGAUGAGGCGGUGCGGGACCCGAGCCAGGCUCCCCCGGUGGAUGUGCACCAGCCUCCUGCUUUCCUGCACAAGCUGCUGCAGCUGGCGGGGGUCCGCCUGCACUUUGAGGAGCUUCCCCCACAGGAAGAAGCCCCAGAGCCCCCCUUGCAGAUCGGCAGUUGCUCAGGGUACAUGGAGCUGACAGUGAAACUGAAGCAGAAUGAGGCCUUCCCAGGCCCCAAGCUGGAGGUGGCCGGACAGCUGGGCUCCCUGCACCUGCUCUUAACCCCGCGGCAGCUCCAGCAGCUUCAGGAACUGCUCAGUGCCAUGAGCCUUGCAGACCCCAAGGCCUUGGACGACAAGUUGAACAAGAGCCGCCCGCUAGGUGCUGAAGACCUGUGGCUGAUCGAGCAGGACCUGAACCAGCAGCUGCAGGCGGGGGCUGUGGCCGAGCCCCUCAGUCCAGACUCCCUUACCAACCCCGUCAUCAACCUGGACAGCACUGACCUCUUCUUCUCCAUGGCCGGCCUCACGAGCAGCGUGGCCUCAGCCGUCUCUGAGCUCUCCCUCUCCGACGUUGACCUUGGCUCCUCUGUGCACAGUGACAUGACCCCACGCCGGUUCUCUGCCCAGGGCCACCCAACUGGCAAGACGGCCCCCACGCCCCAUCCGGACACCAUGCGCCCUGACUCGCUGCUGAAGAUGACCUUGGGGGGCAUGACCCUGACCUUGCUUGAGACAUCCGCCCCAUCUUCCGGACCACCUGACCUCACCACCCACUUCUUUGCCGAAUUUGAUGCUGCCAAGGAUGGGCCCUUCGGCUCCCGGGACUUCCACCAUCUCCGACUGCGCUUCCAGAGGGCCUGUCCCUGUAGCCAUGUUCGGCUAACGGGUGCAGCUGUCCAGCUGUCCUGGGAGCUGCAGACCGGCAGGGGCCGCCGGACCACCAGCACGGAAGUGCACUUCGGGCAGCUCGAAGUGCUGGAGUGUCUGUGGCCCAGGGGCGCUUCGAAACCUGAGUACAUGGAGAUCCUGAGCUUCCCCAGCAGCCAGGGCUCCCAGGCCUCAGCUCAGCCCUGUGCCCACCUGCGCCACACGCAGACACUGCGCCGUGUGCCCAAGAGCCGAUCCCGGCGCACAGCCACCUGCCAUUGCCGCUCAGAGCUGACCCUGGACCUGGCCGACUUCCAGGCAGACGUGGAGCUGGGGGCCCUGGACCGGCUCGCCGCCCUGCUGCACCUGGCCACCUUGGCCCCACCCGAGCCACCUGCCGGCCUGCUGACGGAGUCCCCGCCAGCUGCCGAACAGCAGACAGUGGUGCGUCUGUCAGCGCCCCGCGCCACACUUCAGCUGCGCUUCCCCAUUGCCGACCUGCGGCCCGAGAGGGACCCCUGGGCCGGCCAGGCUGUUCGGGCGGAGCAGCUGCGGCUGGAGCUGAGCGAGCCCCAUUUCCGGACAGAGUUGAGCAGUGGGCCUGGUCCCCCAGCCCCUACCCGCCUGGAGCUUACCUGCUCCGACCUGCACGGCACCUAUGAAGAUGGAGAGAAGCCACCUGUCCCCUGCCUGCGAGUCUCCAAAGCCCUGGAUCCCAAGAGCCCUGGUCGAAAAUACUUCCUGCCCCAGGUAGUGGUGACCCUGCACCCCCAGAUCGGCGGCACGCAGUGGGAAGUGGGCCCAGAGAAGGGAGAGGAGCUGGACCUGUCUGUUGAGAGCCCCUGUGAGCUGCGGGAGCCCGAGCCCUCGCCCUUCUCUUCCAAGAGGACUAUGUAUGAGACAGAGGAGAUGGUGAUUCCUGGAGACCCUGAGGAGAUGAGGAUCUUCCAGAGCCGGGCCCUGAGGCUGUCACGCUGCAGCCUGGAAGUGGUCCUGCCCAGUGCCCACGUCUUCCUGCCCAGCAAGGAGGUCUAUGAGAGCCUCUACAACAGGAUCAACAACGACCUGCUCAUGUGGGAGCCAGCAGACUUGCUUCCUGCCCCCGCCUCUGCCCAUGCCACGCACCCUCCUGGCUUCUCAGGCCCCUCGGGCUUCUGGCAUGACAACUUCAAGAUGUGCAAGUCAGCCUUCAAGCUGGACUCAGACUCGGAUGACGAGGAUGCCCACUUCUCAGUGGGGGCAUCAGGCGCCCCCCGGGCCGCCCCCGAGCCCCUGAACUCUCGCUCCCAGAGCACCGUGACUACGCUGGUGACCGUGCUGAAGGGCCGGAUCACAGCCCUCUGUGAGACCAAGGACGAGGAGGGGAGGCUGCUGGAGGAUGUACACGGGGAGCUGGUGCUGGACGUGGAGCAAGGGACCCUCUUCAGCGUCUCCCAGUACCGAGGCCAGCCGGGACUGGGCUACUUCUGCCUGGAGGCUGAAAAGGCAACGCUCUACCACCGAGCGACCGUGGAGGACUACCUGCUGCCCAGUCACCUGGAGCUGCCCACCUUUGCUCCCCCGGCCCAGCUGGUCCCAACCAUCUACCCAUCAGAGAAAGGGGUGACUGAGCGGGGAGCCUCAGGCCGAAAGAGCCAGGGCCAAGGCCCCCAUAUGCUGUCCACUGCUGUGCGCAUCCACCUAGACCCCCACAAGAAUGUCAAGGAGUUCCUGGUGACACUGAGGCUGCACAGAGCCACCCUACGCCACUACGUAACCCUACCAGAGCAGAGCUGGCACUCCCAGCUGUUGGAGUUCUUAGACGUGCUGGAUGACCCCGUGCUGGGCUACCUGCCCCCGACGGUCAUUACCGUCCUACACACACACCUGUUCUCCUGCGCCGUGGACUACAGGCCCCUCUACCUCCCUGUGCGUGUCCUUAUCACCGCCGAGACCUUCACCCUCUCCAGUAACAUCAUCAUGGACACCUCCACUUUCCUGCUCAGGUUCAUCCUCGACGACUCAGCCUUGUACCUGUCCGACAAGUGUGAGGCGGAGACCCUGGACCUGCGGCGAGAUUAUGUCUGUGUCUUGGAUGUCGACCUCCUGGAGCUCGUGAUCAAAACUUGGAAGGGGAGCACCGAGGGCAAACUGAGCCAGCCGCUGUUCGAGCUGCGCUGCUCCAACAACGUGGUGCACAUGCACAGCUGCGCUGACUCCUGCGCCCUGCUGGUCAACCUGCUGCAGUAUGUAAUGAACGCAGGCGACCUGCACCCCCCAGCCCGGCCCCCCAGCCCCACUGAGAUCGCCGGCCAGAAAGUACAGCUCUCCGAGAGCCCCGCCUCCCUGCCCUCGUGCCCCCCAGUGGAGCCGGCCCUCAUCAACCAACGGGACCUGACUGACGCCCUCCUGGACACCGAGCGCAGCCUGCGGGAGCUGGCCCAGCACCCAGGUGGCCCCCUCCCUCAGGCCUCGCCCGUGUCGGUCUACCUAUUCCCCGGGGAGCGGAGUGGGGCCCAGCCCCCCUCUUCGCCUGUUGGGGUCCCUGCUGGCAGUUCAGGAUCCUUCUCAGAGGCCAAUGAAGAGGAAAUGGAAGAGGAGGGGGAUGGAGACACUCUGGACAGCGACGAAUUCUGCAUCCUUGACGCUCCUGGCCUGGGCAUCCCGCCCCGGGACGGGGAGCCCGUGGUGACCCAGCUGCACCCGGGCCCCAUCGUCGUGCAGGACGGGCACUUCUCUCGGCCGCUGGGCAGCACAGACCUGCUGCGGGCACCCGCCCACUUCCCGGUGCCCAGCACCCGCGUGGUGCUACGUGAGGUCUCCUUUGUCUGGCACCUCUAUGGGGGCCGAGACUUCGGCCCCCACCCCGGCCACAGGGCGAGAGUUGGCCUCGCGGGCCCCAGGGGCUCCCCUUCCCGCUGCUCUGGCCCCAACCGGCCCCAGAACUCCUGGCGCACGCAGGGGGGGAGCGGGAGGCAGCACCAAGUCCUCAUGGAGAUCCAGCUCAGCAAGGUAAGCUUCCAGCAUGAGGUGUACCCAGUGGAGCCAGCCACAGGCCCUGUGGCCCCAGGCAAGGAGCUGGAGGAGCAGCCGCUGUCCCGCCAGGUGUUCAUUGUGCAGGAGCUCGAGAUCCGUGACCGGCUCCCCUCCUCCAAGAUCAACAAGUUCCUGUACAUGCACACAAGCGAGCGGAUGCCGCGGCGCACCCACUCCAGCAUGCUCACCAUCAAAGCGCUGCACGUGGCCCCCGUGACCAACAUGGGUGGGCCCGAGUGUUGUCUCCGGGUCUCGCUGUUGCCCCUGCGGCUCAACGUGGACCAGGACGCCCUGCUCUUCCUCCGGGACUUCUUUACCAGCCUGGCAGCGGGCAUCAACCCCAUGGUCCCGGCGGAGGCCGCUGCUGAGGCUCACCCUGAGACCCGAGCCCAGCCCAGCGAUUCCCAGGAACGGCCGCCCGAGGACGUGGAGGCGCCCGACAUGCCAGAGGCCGCAGGUGGUGGGCAAGGCUCUGAGCAGCAGCCCAUCUACUUCAGGGAGUUCCGAUUCACGUCCGAGGUGCCCAUCUGGCUGGAUUACCACGGCAAGCACGUCACCAUGGACCAGGUGGGCACUUUCACUGGCCUCCUCAUCGGCCUGGCCCAGCUCAACUGCUCUGAGCUGAAGCUGAAGCGGCUCUGCUGCCGGCACGGACUCCUGGGCGUGGACAAGGUGCUGGGCUAUGCUCUCAAUGAAUGGCUGCAGGACAUCCGCAAGAACCAGCUGCCCGGCCUGCUAGGGGGCGUGGGCCCCAUGCACUCGGUUGUCCAGCUCUUCCAAGGGUUCCGGGACCUGCUGUGGCUGCCCAUCGAGCAGUACAGGAAGGAUGGGCGCCUCAUGCGGGGGCUGCAACGAGGGGCCGCCUCCUUUGGCUCGUCGACGGCCUCUGCUGCCCUGGAACUCAGCAACCGGCUGGUGCAGGCCAUCCAGGCCACAGCCGAGACAGUGUAUGACAUCCUGUCCCCGGCGGAACCCGUCUCCCGCUCCCUGCAGGACAAGCGCUCCGUGCGAAGGCUGCGCAAGGGCCAGCAGCCUGCAGACCUCCGGGAGGGCGUGGUCAAGGCCUAUGACACCGUUCGAGAGGGCAUCCUGGACACGGCUCAGACCAUCUGCGAGGUGGCGUCUCGGGGUCACGAGCAGAAGGGGCUGACCGGUGCCGUGGGAGGCGUGAUCCGCCAGCUGCCCCCGACGGUGGUGAAACCCCUCAUCCUGGCCACAGAGGCCACGUCCAACCUGCUCGGGGGGAUGCGCAACCAGAUCCUCCCCGAUGCACACAAGGACCACGCUCUCAAGUGGCGUUCAGAUGAGGCCCAGGACUGAGCGCCAGGUGCCGAGGACUCAGGCGCUGCCUGCCCCCCACGCCCAGCCAGCUGCAGUGGCACCUUGGCUCCCGCGCCCCCUGAGAGCUGUGCCCACGGCAUGGCGGGCCGGGCCCUCAGGAAGGACCGUGAAGGACCGCGCCCCUGGUCUACCUGCUGCCAACCGCUGAGAGUGGGGCCUCCCUCCUUGGGGCCACAGCCCUGUCUCUGCACUUUUUCUCGGGGUGGGGGAAGGACGCUGCCCCCACCGCCGCCUGGGCCCACACUACUGCCUUGUCCCAGGAUGGAGGCUUUUGGACCCUCGGACCCUGACCCCACUCAGCCAAGUGUCUUUCUGUGUCUCCGGGAGAGGCGGGAGCACAGACAGCGUGUGGUUCAAUGUAUUAUUUUUAAGCUCCUGAGCGUGUGGGUCAAUGUCUGCGUGAUGUGGAAUAAACUGUGCCCGCCGCCAGCCCCUGUCCUGUGUGGCCGCACUGCCCCGGCCUCAGCUUGACCUGGAC